AUGGGCAGCGGGCUUCCCCCUGCGAAGGACUCGGCGACGGAGGGGGAUGCCAGCAAGCCGCUGGUGGUGUACGGGUUCACGCCGUUGGGUGGCACCGCCAGCUCAGCCUCGCCGUUCGUGUCCAAGUUGGAGACGUACCUGCGGAUGGCGGGCAUCGACUACGAGGCGCGCGUGGGCAUGAGCGGGGCGCCCAAGGGCAAGGUUCCCUUCAUCAAGCAGGGUGACGUGACCCUGGGAGACUCCACCUUCAUAUGCGAGUAUCUGAAGAACACGUACAAGGGGAAAUUGCAGACCAAAGAGCCGGACACGGCAGAGACGAAGGCCGUUGCUGCAGCGUGCCGAAUCAUUUGCGAGGAUAAUCUUGCCUCCGGCAUGUCGUACUACCGAUGGGGUCACCCCAAGGGGUUCAGUGCCACAAAGGAGAGGAUGUCGUCUAUUGUGCCCUGGUUCAUGAUGUGGUUGAUCCCUAGGAUGAUCCGGGGCAAGAUUAUGAAGAAUUUGUAUGCACAGGGACUGUCGAGACACUCCGAGAAAGACGUGAUUUUCCUGCUCACUUCGAGCGUGGAAGCCCUGUCCGGCUUCUUGGGGGAUAAAAGGUACAUGACGGGCGACGUGCCAUGCGCGGCGGAUGCCAGCGUCUUCGGUAUGCUGGACAACUACCUGAACGAUGGUUUGGAUUUGGAGCCCGCGCGAAUCGUGAAGCGGUUCCCGAACUUAGUGAGAUACGUCACGGACAUUCGGCGGACGUACUACCCCGAGGACAACCCCAGCCAGUUCAGCCCUGCGUACAAAGCGGGCGAUGCCACGAAAAGGGAUUGA